AUGGAAAGUUGUGUUCAUCCGUUGAUAGGGCAGCUGCAGCCCAUCUUCAACGAGCUUCAAUCAAGCACGUCUGCCACGCUACCGUCUGUUAUAUUGAAACUAGAAUACAUCAUAGGAGACGAAAGUGACAUCUUUUUUCAAAGCAGCAGCGGCGGGGGCGGGGAAUUCAGAGCCUCUCACUCGGGGCUUUCAAAUUGGAUCAACACGCAAAUCCGAGACUUAUUUAGUAAAUUUGGCACACAACUUGCCGGGAUCUUGUGCGCCAAAGCCCUCUUGGACGCCGACUACAUUGGCAGCAACAGUUUGUUGCAGUUUUUUCUCUACCUGCUGGAGGGCUCUGUGAAGUCCUCUGACGUGUUCGUGGCGGAAAAGGCAGCUGAGGUGUGGGGUCUUUUACUGAACAACAGCGGCAGCUUCGCCGAGGGCAUCGCACAGGCCAGGUUGAAAACAUGCAUUGUGGAUCUCCAGAUGGGGGGAGAGACGGUAGGCAAGGUCGCUGCCACCUUAUUUCUCUGCCAGCUGUUGAAACACACCCCGUCGACGGUGGUGCCUUCGCUUGACGUGGUGCUCGAGGAGGUCCGGGUGGCAUUGCGUGAUCCCUCUGAGCGGGUGCGCGAGAAGGCGGCGUGCGUCUUGCAUCACGCACUUUCCGUGAUGGACACCUCCAUGGGUCCAAGCGCCAUCACCAAGUGGCGUGAUGUUUUCUUGAAGGAUUCGCUGCGGGGUUUGGAAUCCAAAAAAAGAGAACUGCAGCACGGUGCCAUUUUGUGCUUUAAUGCCGUACUUACUUCUAUACUGAGUGCCCCCUCGUCCUACGGCACGGCGGUGUCGCUCUAUUCUACCUCUGUCUCCCAUGUGCAUGAAAUCUGGAACUGCGUCAAUACGAGCAUAGCCAAGCCUAACCUUUCGCAGGAGCUUCGACGGGAACUUUUAAACUCUCUCAUUCUCCUCGCGUCCUACGAUGGCGCAGCGUUUAGAGAGCGUUCUCUUCCAGUCGUCCUUGCAGCUGCAUCUACGAUAUUUCGCACGGCGCCGUGUCGUGAGGAGAAGUCGAUGAUGUUCCUUGCGGUGGGGAAGCUGGCGGCCCUACUACGGGACCAUGUGAUUCUUUACCUCGAAUGCAUGAUGCCGCACAUCCAGGCGGCACUUGGGCCAAAAUCUGGGGAUGAACGCUGCCUUGAGGCCGUCACAUGCUUUGCGACCCUUGCCGAGGUCAGCCCCAAGGCUGUGCGGCCCUACUUGCGCCAAAUUUUGGCUCCACUCUUCUCUGGGCCCCCAACGGUGGGUUUUGCGAAGGACAUUGCAAGAAUAUGUGAGGCUUUUCCAGAGUUGCGAUCCACCUGUCUUUCGAAGAUAUUGGAGGCGACGAAACAGCAACUGCUAAAUGCCCAUCAACGCCUAUCUAUGGGCGCGGGUGAGAGCGACGCCGAUGCUGUGCUUUCCCUGCAGUGCUUAAGUGCGCUAGGCAGUUUGGAUUUCUCGGGAUAUUCCACAUUGCCCUUCCUCUGUGAUGCCGUUAUUCGUUAUGUUUCCUUUCCUCACGAGGAAUUGCGACGGGCGGCGAUAAAUCUUUGCUUUAAACUUGUUCUCUCCGGGUGCGCAGGUUCCCAGUUGCCGUGUGGGCGGACACCAGAGGGAGUUGUGCUUCACCACGGCCGCGACCACUCAAGACUGGUCAAUACUGUGAUAAAGGCACUUGUGAAUGCGGCUGUUUCAGAUCCGGAGAGUGAUAUUCGUCUGCACACGCUGGAGAGCUUCACAGAAGAGUACGAUCAUACCUUGUCUCUUCAACACAUUGUUAGCUCGUUGUUUCCGGCCCUGUACGAUAAGCACCAAAACCGGUUAGCGGUGGUUCGCUUACUGGGACGUGUGUCGCGUCGCAAUCCGGCACACGUCUGCCCCAUGUUAAGGAAAAUAAUGGUGCAGUGCUUAACCGAGAUACAAUUUUUUGAGCACGCAAAGAAACAGGAGCAGGCAUUCUCCCUCUUGGGGGCCAUCGUGGAGUCAACACCUGGUUUCUGCAAGCCAUACGUGCCCUCCUUGCUUCACAGCUGCGUUAAGCGUCUACGCGAACCUUCGCAGAAAGUCUCAGUGUUAACGGCGCUUUUAUCGUGUAUUGGAAAGCUCGUACGGUAUGCAGAGGGCGAUGAUGUUCGGGUUGCCGCCGAAAUACGUCCUAUUGUUGUUCAACACAUUUUGGACUCCUCGCAUUUACCAAAAAAGCGGGAGGCGUUACGAGCUCUUGGCGACAUUAUUCGUACAACAAGGGACGUGAAUAUCUUCGAGGUUCAUCCCGAGCUUCUCUCUGUUCUGCUUCAGGCCUUGCAUGGUGGAUUUAAGGAGACUUGGCCUGUUAGAAAUGAUGUACUGCAGCUUAUGGGGGUAAUUGGGGCUGUCGAUCCCAUUCGAGUAAAAGAAAUUCUUCGGGAUUCACGCGUUAAUGAUAGUAACACGGAGGUGGUCCCCGCGAUUGGGCUACGGAGCGAGGAUCCCAUUGCCCAGACUGUCGUGCGUAGCGUCCUGCAGAUUCUCUCGUUGCCUUCUUUAACGGAUGAGCAGAGUGUGGGGGCGGUGAAUGUGAUUGUGAAGUUGGUUUCACUGAGGGAGGACUCCUCCAGUGUCCUCGUCCCGUAUCACGCCGAGAUUCUCUCAUCAAUUUUGAAGCAUGCCCAAAUGCAGGUGCGCAAGCGGGAAGAUAUUUUGAUCUCGCUUACCUCGUUUGUUUCACAUAUUAAAGGCUACAUUCGCCCACACCUGGAUGAACUUACCUCCGCCGUGGCGACAUUUAUUUCGUCCUCCGACAUCCCUGUUUUCAAUCAGACUCUUCUCCUUGUAAAGCAACUCCGGCGUUCUUUUCGUGAGGAAUUUCGGCCUUACUUGUCCUCACUACUCAUUCCAAUCCUCAAUGCGGUGGAGGAGAGCCCGCAUGUUGUCGGUGAAAAAGUAUUUGGCUUCUUUUCAGAGAUGGGGUCACUUCUGGAGGAUGAACUGCACAAAGUUUUACCUGUGGUAUGCGACGUAAUUGUAAACGCCUCAUUUUCCUCGACAUGUCGUGUAGCUGCGGUGGAUACGCUUAAAAGCUUUGCCCAACAACUAUCCGGUCUUCGUUUUCAUGCGUCACGCUGCGUUCAUUGCCUUUGUGGCGUCUUGAAGGAGCCUGGGCGCCCAAAGGCGCCCGCGGAGGAUCCACUGGGAAACGCUGCGCUAACUACCCUGCUUGCCAUUGCGCAGAGACUGGGAAAGACGUUUGAGAAGUUUACACCCAUCGUUUUCCCUGUCGUCGCGGGGUACUACGGAGAGGUGGGUGAGGAGUAUAAGCGCUUCUGCAGCGUCGUGCGGGACAACAUUAACACACGAAAAUACCCGGAGAUGCAACUGUCUCAAGAAGAGAACAAUGGGGGCGCCACUGUGGUCCCGCGCUCCGGUGCCAGCACAGUCAAAUUGCCCAGAGAACGGCCGGCUGACCCCUUUGAAACUUUGCGGCACGUUUUGCGGAACUGGGUCCGUUCCAACGACGAGGAUUGGAACCACUGGCUGACGCAGCUUGCGGUGAUUCUUUUACGCUCAAGCCCAUCGCCGUCCCAUGGCUGUGCUCUCACGCUGGCCGAGUUACAUGACCCUUUUGCACGUCAAAUGUUGUACUCUGCCUUUGCUACUUGCUACGGUGAAAUGAAUGAAAGCACCCGGCAAGAGGUGGUUUCUCUACUGAGUGAGGUGUUGCAUGGACCACGGGUUCCCUCUGAGGUUUUGCAGGAGCUACUUAACUUGUCUGAAUACAUGGAGCGUCUUGAGAUCCGCCAGAAUGCACACGGUAAUGAGUAUGGUAGUAAUUGCCCGGAUUUCAGGCUCUUCGACCUCCCUACUUUAAUGGAGAGCAGUGAACGGUGCAACUUGUACUCUAAAGCGCUCCACUAUGUUGAGAUUGAGUUUUUUGAGACCAUUCGAGAGUAUGAGCGAGGCGUAUUUCUAGGGAUUCCACGUCCGCUUCCUUCUGGAGUUUGGCAAAAUCUACUACAGCUUUGUGAAAAGAGUAUCUAUCUAUGCAACCUGCUUGGGCAGCGCGAGAGUGCGAAUGCCGUGCUAAAAUUCAUCCAACAGAACUACUCGAUGCUUACCGGGCAGGAGGUGACUGAGCUCUCGCAAAUGAUGGAUGCAACACUUUUUGAUAAACUGCAGUGGUGGUCGCAAAGCUACCGAGCCUAUGAACAACGUCUACGUCAGGAGCCAAAUAAGGUUUCCAAUAUGGUUGGGUUAAUGAAGGCGUUAGAUGCGCUGGGAAGUUAUGAGGAGGUGCUUAACUUGUGGAAGCUGUACUCCGUGAAGGUAAAUAAAAAAGACGUUGCGGAGUUGGCUCCCAUGGGGGCCCACGCUGCGUGGCUUAUGCGACGCUGGGAUGAUAUGGAACAUAUUACUGAAUUUAUGAGUGACGCCAAUUACAUUGGCACCACCGCCAUAUUUUACAGGGCCGUACUUGCUACACGGAAAAGACAAUUUCGCGAGGCGGACCGUCUCAUCAAGUUGUGUCGCCGACGAUUAGACUCCAAUUUGUCUGCUCUGGUGGCGGAGAGUUACGAUAGGGCGUAUGAGCUUUUUGUCGGCAUCCAACAGCUCAGUGAGCUGGAGGAGGUUGCCGUGGCAGCACGUGAUGUGCGGAGCGUGCACCGCUGGCAGGAGCUGUGGGAGCGGCGACUGGGAUCGAUGGCGUACGAAGGGUGGCCCGGCACGUUGGCCAACCACACUCUCGUGGUGCACCCCGCACAGGAGUUGGAUAUGUGGCUUCGCUUUGUUAGCCUUAGCCGCGCCAACGGCCGGGAGCAGGUUUCCAAGGACGUCCUGCGUGAAUUGCUUGGGAACCAGUCUAUUGAGGCGGCUGUCGCGAACCAGAUGCUCCAUCCCGCGAUAGCCCUAGGGGCCUUUCAGCACCUGUACGAAACCAACCGGAAGGAAAAGGCGAUGGAGAUGUUAGAGCAGUACUUGGAGAAGGUGGAUCAGCCGGGGACCCAGCCUGCAACUCACGCAGAAGAACACUUGGCAGUUUGUCACGCCAAGUUAGCGGAGUGGUUAACCCAUCGAAAGAAGCCACACAAUUUCUCCAAAACAUUACGAAGCGCUUUGCAGCAUUUGCACCGUGCCACCGAUUUAGACAGUAAAAACGGAACCAUUUGGCAUACAUGGGCCCGGCUGCACCACGAGGCAGCGACUAAAAAUGUCUCUGGCAAGUUGUCUCCAACUGCUGAGGAGCACAUUUUCUGGGCCAUUGACGGGUAUCUCCGGAGUGUUUGCCUUUCAAAGGAGUUGGAGGAUACCCUUGGGUUUCUGUCGCUUUGGUUUAUGCAUGCAUCACUGCCAUCCAUCCAAGGAAGCGCAGCUAUUAAGGGAGGGAUUCACCAAGUUAGCCCAACCGUAUGGCUAAAGGUCAUUCCGCAAAUUAUCGCUCGCAUUUAUUCCCGCGAUGCAGUUAUUGCAGAAUAUGCCUAUCAUCUUAUGGUCAUCAUUGCCAAAUCACAUCCGCAAGCCAUUCUUUACAGCUUGAAUGUUGCGAACACGAGUUACCAAGGGAAGGGAUCAUCCGAAAGCGUGGAAAGACAAAAAGGGCCGCAGCGUGUGCUUGCGAGAAUCGCAGAAUUUCACCAUAAUGGAAAAGCCAUGGUCAACGAUGCUGCUCUGGCUUGUCGUGAAUUGGUACGGUGCGCAGUCUUGUGGCCGGAGCUCUGGCUUGACGAACUGGAGCGGGUGUGGUUUAGGUGGGUAAGUGAGAAAAAUGCUCAUAAUGUUGUAUUGGCGUUAAAACCCUUAUUGGAUCAACUAAAAACGCCUGAAACAAUGGCGGAAUCUCAUUUUGCCAUGGAAUUUGGUCAGCUUCUGACGGAAGCCUUUGAUUGCGUAGAGAAGGCUGCUUCAUUAGGCCGUGAAGGAUAUAUGGAAGAGGCGUGGAGCCGGUUUAAGACGCUGCUGAAAAGGGUGGAUGAUCAGAUCAGUGGAAUGUCUUCGCUAGCUUUGCAGUUGGUGAGUCCACGUCUGUUGCAGAAUGGGAGGAAUUUGUCACUGGUUGUUCCAGGACAAUAUAGGGAGAAUGAAAACUAUCCACGCAUCGCUUCGUUUCGAAGUACGUUGAAGGUAAUGAACUCAAAACAACGCCCACGGCGCAUAUUUAUUAACGGUUCCGAUGGAAAUCUCUACAAGUUCUUGUUAAAGGGCCACGAAGACCUUCGCCUGGACGAACGGGUAAUGCAGUUACUAGGAUUUGCAAACACCAUUCUGAAGAAACACUUGGUAACUAAACGUCGAGGCUGUCUUAUUCAAACCUAUUCUGUAACCCCACUUAGCGACAACGCUGGGCUUGUCGGGUGGGUAGAUCACUGUGACACCCUCCACCAGAUCAUUAAAGAGUACCGAAUUAACCCCAAUUACAUCAGUACCGAACUCAACCUAAUGCGAAGCAUGUCGGAUGACCUCCAUCACCUCACUGUUAUUCAGCAUGUCGAACCAUUUGAGUUAGCAUUGGAAAAGACCGAAGGUGCCGACCUCGUCCGUUCGCUCUGGAUGAAGGCCCCCAGCGCAGAGACAUGGCUUGAGAGGCGAACGACGUACGUCAGUUCUCUCGCGACCAUGUCUAUGGUGGGUCAUAUCUUAGGCCUUGGUGAUCGUCACCCGUCGAAUUUGAUGAUACACGCUUUUAGUGGCAGAGUAGUGCACAUAGAUUUUGGAGACUGCUUUGAGGUCGCGCAGCAGCGUGGCAAUUACCCAGAGAAGGUGCCAUUUCGGCUUACCCGUAUGCUUGUGAAGGCCAUGGAGAUGGGGGGAAUAGAGGGUCUUUUUCGGCACGGGUGCAUUAUGGUGAUGGGCGUACUGCGCGAAGAGGGUAGUAGCCUACUGGCCCUAUUAGAGGCAUUUGUUCACGACCCUCUUGUCUCUUGGUGGCGUGAGGAGAGAGGGAACGACGGGUGCGGAAACGCACAGAAUACCGUGACCCAGUCCACCUCGCUGACAGGGUCGCUGCGCCCCAUUCAUGGGGAGUAUAGUGUGGGGAGUUUACACGGAACCCAGCGCUCUUUGCACCGUCUAGGGGCGAUCUCGCGUGUGGGCUGCCAGGGAGGAGAGACUGCACUGCAGCAAACUCGAAAGGCCCAAAGGGUUGUGAACCGGAUCAAAGAGAAGCUUGAGGGAUUUGACUUUUUUCAGGAUAGGCAGAGCCGUGGCGACGAUGGCCUCAGUGUGGAGGAACAAGUUUCAAGAUUGAUUGAACAGGCCACUUCCAACGAGAACUUAUGCGUUCAUUUUUCCGGUUGGUGCCCAUUUUGGUAG